UCGCUGUCGAUCCAGGUCGACUGUCUGGAAAGUUCUCUGCUCCUCUAAACGCCUGUCAGCUGCCCAACGUGAACUGGAAGCCGUCUGUCUAAUACCACAGAUAACUGGGUUAUUGGGUAAUUAUUUUAAACCUAUGAUUGUGCAUUUAAUUUCCAACUGCAAAAAGGAAGCGAAGAACUAACAGCGGGGGAGCCAAACGAAGCCUUUUUCUGCUACUUGUGUUGACGUUAGUUGGUGCCUGCUGCACUUGGCGUGGUUGGUAGCAAGUGUCAGUUCGUGCUGCGUUGUAGGGAUAGGGGGGAAUCUGACCCAAAAACGAUGACUGCAGAGGAGCAGAACAGCGAGGGACAAAACACCAUGCCCAUGGAGGGAGAAGACAUCACACCAAAGAAAGAUGGAGGUGUUUUAAAGCUGGUGAAACGGGAAGGCACAGGCACAGACUUCCCUAUGACUGGUGAUAAAGUGUUUGUCCAUUAUGUGGGCACUCUCUUGGACGGGACACAUUUUGACUCGAGCAGGGACAGAGGAGAGAAAUUUUCCUUUGAGCUGGGCAAAGGUCAAGUAAUUAAGGCAUGGGAUAUUGGCGUGGCUACAAUGAGAGUGGGAGAGCUGUGUCAGCUCAUCUGCAAGCCAGAGUAUGCUUAUGGAUCCGCAGGCAGCCCACCCAAAAUACCUCCCAAAGCCACUCUUGUUUUUGAGGUGGAACUGUUUGAAUUUCGUGGGGAAGACAUAACUGAGGAAGAAGAUGGAGGAAUCAUUCGGCGUAUCAUCACUAAAGGAGAGGGUUAUUCCAAGCCCAAUGAAGGAGCUGUGGUGGAAGUCUUUGUUCAAGGUACCUGCGAUGGACGCGUUUUUGAUGAAAGGGAGCUGAAAUUUGAGAUUGGGGAUGGAGAGAGUUUUAGCUUGCCCAGCGGUGUGGAGAAAGCCAUCAUGGCCAUGGAGCAGGGAGAAGAGGCACUCUUCAUUAUGAAACCUAAAUAUGGCUUUGGAGGUGAUGGAAAUGAAAAGUAUUGUAUUCCUGGUGGCGCAACGUUGCAAUACAAGAUUAAGCUAACAGCCUUUGAAAAGGCUAAGGAAUCAUGGGAAAUGAACACAAUGGAAAAGCUGGAGCAAAGCGGUAUUGUCAAGGAGAAAGGAACACAGUGUUUUAAGAAUGGGAAAUACAAACAGGCAUCUGUGCAGUACAAAAAGAUUGUUGCUUGGCUAGAGCAUGAGUCUGGCUUGUCGGAUGAGGAUGAAAAGAAGGCAAAAACCCUGCGACUGGCUGCACAUCUGAACUUGGCCAUGUGCUUCCUUAAAAUGCAUGAGCCAAACAAAGCCUUUGAAAGUUGUGACAAGGCCCUGGAAAUGGAUUCUACAAACGAGAAGGCUUUGUUCCGACGGGGAGAGGCGCUGUUCAAUAUGAAUGAAUUUGAGAAGGCAAAAGAUGAUUUCCAGCGAGUCGUUCAGCUCUAUCCUUCCAACAAAGCCGCAAAAAGUCAGGUGGUCCUGUGUCAGAAACGCAUUAAGGAGCAGCACGAAAAGGACAAACGCAUCUAUGCUAACAUGUUCCAGAAAUUUGCAGAAAGGGAUUCAAAGAAAGAAGCAGAGAAGGUGAAACCUGAGAGCAAGGAGAACGGCGAAGAGGCAAUGGAGGUUGAAAAUGGGGAAAAGGAAACUCAGUGAAGUCAAAGCAUAGAUGAAGAUGCAACUGUUAUUAUGGUUCAAAAGUACUUAGACUUUUGUAACCAGCCAUUUGUGUUUAAGGUAUGAUUGUGUAUAUAUGUAUAUGCGAGAAUGAGUGUCACUGAGAGCACUGACCUCGGGCGGGUCUUUGGCAUGUCGCUGUGUCCAGGCUCUUUGGUGUGGCAGCUAGCUGAGUGAGUGGGGCUUCUUUGGCUGACAGCACUCUGGGAAAUGGAUUUAAUAAGUCGAUUAUGUGCCAUGACCCUUGGCUCUGAACACUUUCAGCCCACAGGUCUGAACUGUGCAUGUGUUGUUUUUUUUUUUUGUUGUUUUUUUUUUUUAAGAAAUGUGGGUAGGAGAAAAAAAAGCAUCCCAGGUGUUGCGUGCAGAGUUUUACAACCCGUCAAGGGCUCCGCCAUUUACCCCACAACAUUUUCUGUCCCGUAUUCCUUAUUGUUGCUGUCCAUCUGAGCCUCCUCAUGGGCCUACUGAUCAAUUGUUGGAGCAUGGAUGAUUGUGUUCACAGAACUGGUUUGGUUUGAAUGUUGAUGUCGUUAAGUGUGUAUGUAGCAGCACUGUGGAUUGGAAAUGUGAUAAAACGUCAGUCUGGGCUAGUUUACAGACUUCGAUUUCUCAGCAAAAUUGUGGGGUUCCCUUAAAGCCCUUGGGUACAGGACUGUUCACUUUUUCUUCGAAAAUAUUGACUUUGUACUUUUUUUUCUAGUGUUGUGCUUGUGAUUACUGUACUGUUCUCAACAAAGAUUUAUAAAGUAGAAUUGAUAAAGCAACUGGAAUCUGUGCAUAAACCCUUUGCAUUUUAGUCAGCAGUGCCUACAUGGACAAAAGCUAAAGUAGAAGCCGAAUGUAAGAUGAGCUUCUUUUUUUGAGUUUAUCUUUGUUGGGAAGUCACUGCUUGGUGUGUCCUGACAGACUUAUAAUAAACUGUUCACUACGAA